AGGGAGGUUUUGAGCGAUGACAGAAAACCCGGGCUGAUGUUUUUUUGCAGCUCCAAAAGGGAUAUUCAUGAGACAAUUUUUCUUUUUCAAGUCACCAAGGAGUUUUAAAUGCUUGGAUGUCACUCUCCCAACUCCUGAGGGAAGAUAACAGCAACAAGAAGAGGAAUUACCGCAUAUUUUUAACUGGACGAUUGCAAAAGAUUUGAACUUUUUUUGUUGGAAGGAAGAAUCUGUGGGCUUUCAUUUUGCUGCAGGAUGUUGAUGGUGUGACUGACUGGAAGGGAAGAGGAGGGGGGGGUGUAGGCAGUUUGAGUGGAAGAUUUUUCUUUGCUGAGGAGGAGGGAGUGAGGGAGUUUUUAAGCUGCUGUGGUCGGUGAGGUUGGUUUGCUUUGACUGGGCUUGGCUGGCUGGAGAUGGCCGGCAGCAGCUCCGGCUGCAGCCCCGGACCCGGCGCUGGAGGAGGCGCCUCGGGCGGUGGUUCGGGCCCCGGCUCCUCUUCUUCUUCUUGUUCCUCCUCCUCCUCCUCCUCCUCCUCUUCUUCUUCUUCCUCCUCCUCCGGCGGCGGCGGCUCCGGCUCCGGCUCGGCCGCCUCCAACCCCCGCAAGUUCAGCGAGAAGAUCGCCCUCCACAACCAGAAACAGGCGGAGGAGACGGCCGCCUUCGAGGAGGUGAUGAAGGACCUGAGCGUUUCCCGGGUACAGUUCCACAAACUACACCACUUGCGUUUAGCACAGACUCGGGCGCAGUGUUAUGGAGGAUCAUUACCCAAUGUCAAUCAGAUUGGAAACAACGCAAAUGACUUGGAGAUGUCAUUUCAUCCCACUUUGGAUUCUGCACGGGGAACGCGGCAUCAUGGUUUAGUGGAGAGGGUUCACCGAGACCGGAGUCAAAUGAUGUCACCUCGCCGACGCCAGCCUGCAGUGGAUAAACACGGCCGACAGCUUGGCAGCUCCCCAUAUGGAUCAGUGUAUCUCUCUCCACCACCAGAUACAAGUUGGAGACGGAGCAUCCUGCCAUGGGGAAACGAGGAGAAACCGCCUGGAUUGAGACUGAUCUCGGCCCUCAGCAGGACAAACUCUGACUCUGCUCUGCAUACCAGUGCUCUGAAUCCCAGUCCGCAAGAUGCCUUCAUGGGAGGGAACCAGUUGUUUCCACAGCAGGAUCGGCGGCCUGUAAACUACUGCGAUGAGAUGGACAGUCUGGGGGAAGUCUUUUCAUUCCCGGUCCUGACAAAUGAAGACAGUCUCUUAAAGCUGAACAAACCUUUACCAAAACAGCUAUGGGAAGCAACGAAGGUUCAGUCCUUGUUGUCACGUCCCAAGUCCUGUGAAGUCCCUGGCAUCAGUAUCUAUCCAUCCCCAGACCAGAAUGUCGGGUUGUCACACUUUCAAGGGUCACUAAACACAGGAGGCUCUCUACCCGACCUCACAAACCUUCACUUCCCAUCACCUCUGCCAAUCCCUUUGGACCCCGAGGACAGUACCUUCCCCAACAUCAGCGGAGGCAACAGCACCAGCAACCUGGCUGCCACCAUGACACACCUGGGCAUCAGCAGCUCUCCAGGCCUGUCCACUUCUUUGCACAGCUCUCUGAGUAACCCAUCAAUACAGGCUUCACUCAGCAACUCAGUGCUGCAGUCCUCUUUAAACAACCACUCCCUCAGCAACCCCUCCAUCCACUCCUCACUACGGUCAUCACUGAGCAACCCGUCCAUACCAACCGCCUUGAAGAGCUCGCCACGGCGACGGCAGACGCCGGUCAGCCCGCUGACCCUCUCGCCAGGGAUGGAACCUCGAAGGCUGCUGAGCAAACAGUUCUCACCAACAAUGUCACCGACGCUGUCUUCAAUUGCACAGGGAGUUGCCUUGGAUACGAGUAAUAUGACAAUGGAGCACCUACCACCUUAUCCCCUCUAUCAGCAACUCCACCAGUCCCAGCAGAAGGUGCAGCAACCACAGCAUCUACAGGGCCAGUCGUCAAUGUCUCCUCUUCAUCACCUCUCUCAACCAUCGACAAUAGAGCUGCACUCUCCCACUAAUGACACAAUGGAUAACAUCUUCAGUGAUCCCUAUUUUGAGCAGCACUUGGUUGCCAGACAGGCCAAACCUUUGUCACAGCAGGUAUGGAAGUUUGCCAUCAGCAGACCUAUGGAGAUCCACAGUCUAGCGAUGUCAGAAUGUGAUCGGGUUAUGCUGGAGCAGUUCAACAUGUUGGAAAGCCCAGUCAACACUUUGGCGAUAAGCAGCAACAGCUACUAUAACACGGGCUCCAGCCUGCACUAUUCCCAGGCCUCCUCGAUGGGUUUGACCGGGAACCUACCAGACCAACCCCAGCUGAAACCCAACCUGCUUUACUCCACCUGCACUGGGAAUAUCCCCAACAUCAUUUUAACAGGAGACUCUCCGCCAAGCUUAUCUAAGGACAUCAGCAGCGCUCUGGCCGGCGUCCCAGACAUGACCUUUGACACCGAUGGCCAGUUCCAACUGGACGAUGAGUUAAAGAUCGAACCACUCAGUCUAGAUGGACUGAGCAUGCUCAGUGACCCGGAUCUGGUUCUGGCUGACCCUGCGAUAGAAGACACUUUCAGGACGGAUAGAGUGUAACCUCUGCAAUGUGAUAUUAUGGUGGUGGUGGCGGGAGAGAAUAUGUCUGGACACUAAAAAGUGAAGGAGAGCAUUUACAGGAUGGCACAUCUGCAGCAAGACUUAUUUUUUAAUCAUUCAAGCACUAGUCACUGCUUUUUUGUUUUUAACUGUAUACAUUUCUGUGUAUGUUUAGCUGAGUUAAGGUUGAAAUGUUUUUCAAUUUAAGCUGACCAUUGCCAGAUAAUAACCACCCCAGCACAGGGCACAUGAUUGUACUGUAUUUGACUUAAAUAGAUGACAUGUAAUGCAAAUUGUUUACAGAUUUUAAAUCUUAGCUAUUCACAUCAAAGCCAGAAAAUCUGCAUUUUAUAAGAUGUUAGUCUUCUAAACCACUACAGGUAAUUGAAACCUCUGUUUCACAGAUAUAGAAUUUGGCAUUGUUUUUGCACCUGUUGCUGUUUGUGGUACUGAGCUGUGCGCUGCAGCAGAUCAUGGGUCUGUGCUGUGAGCUGGUCUCAGUUAGGACAGCAGGUGGGUAGCUACCCUGUGCCACAACACCUGUAGGCUAAAGGAACGGGUAAUCAAUCAGGGCCCUCGCUGGGAAUCUCGUGUUGGGGGAAGACAGCCCCACACUCAACCAUUUUUGAUGGAAGCCUCUUGAACAUUGGCUGUGUUGGGUCAGACAUGAAGAAAGUAGCAGAGGGAAACUGGCAGCAGCAGAACUGGAAUCCAGCGCAGGUCUGCACCUUCCUGGCAGUGAGGAGAUAGUCCAAAUAAAUACCCGAUCCUUUGAUUAGCAGAAGGCUGUUGUUUGAAAUGAACUGAAUUUCCACUUGCCUAAAUCACUGGGACCAGGAGGGGCAGUCACUGGGCACUGGGACCAGGAGGGGUAGGCACUGGGCACUGGGACCAGGAGGGGUAGGCACUGGGCACUGGGACCAGGAGGGGUAGGCACUGGGCACUGGGACCAGGAGGGGUAGGCACUGGGCACUGGGACCAGGAGGGGCAGGCACUGGGCACUGGGACCAGGAGGGGCAUUCACUGGGCACUGGGACCAGGAGGGGCAUUCACUGGGCACUGGGACCAGGAGGGGCAUUCACUGGGCACUGGGACCAGGAGGGGCAUUCACUGGGCACUGGGACCAGGAGGGGCAGUCACUGGGCACUGGGACCAGGAGGGGCAGUCACUGGGCACUGGGACCAGGAGGGCUGGGCACUGGGACCAGGAGGGGCAUUCACUGGGCACUAGGACCAGGAAGGGCAGUCACUGGGCACUGGGACCAGGAGGGGCAGUCACUGGGCACUGGGACCAGGAGGGGCAGUCACUGGGCACUGGGACCAGGAGGGGCAGUCACUGGGCACUGGGACCAGGAGGGCUGGGCACUGGGACCAGGAGGGGCAGUCACUGGGCACUGGGACCAGGAGGGGUGGGCACUGGGACCAGGAGGGGCAGUCACUGGGCACUGGGACCAGGAGGGGCAGUCACUGGGCACUGGGACCAGGAGGGGCAGUCACUGGGCACUGGGACCAGGAGGGGCAGUCACUGGGCACUGGGACCAGGAGGGGCAGUCACUGGGCACUGGGACCAGGAGGGGCAGUCACUGGGCACUGGGACCAGGAGGGGCAGUCACUGGGCACUGGGACCAGGAGGGGCAGUCACUGGGCACUGGGACCAGGAGGGGCAGUCACUGGGCACUGGGACCAGGAGGGGCAGUCACUGGGCACUGGGACCAGGAGGGGCAGUCACUGGGCACUGGGACCAGGAGGGGCAGUCACUGGGCACUGGGACCAGGAGGGGUGGGCACUGGGACCAGGAGGGGCAGUCACUGGGCACUGGGACCAGGAGGGGCAGUCACUGGGCACUGGGACCAGGAGGGGCAGUCACUGGGCACUGGGACCAGGAGGGGCAGUCACUGGGCACUGGGACCAGGAGGGGCAGUCACUGGGCACUGGGACCAGGAGGGGCAGUCACUGGGCACUGGGACCAGGAGGGGCAGUCACUGGGCACUGGGACCAGGAGGGGCAGUCACUGGGCACUGGGACCAGGAGGGGCAGUCACUGGGCACUGGGACCAGGAGGGGCAGUCACUGGGCACUGGGACCAGGAGGGGCAGUCACUGGGCACUGGGACCAGGAGGGGCAGUCACUGGGCACUGGGACCAGGAGGGGCAGUCACUGGGCACUGGGACCAGGAGGGGCAGUCACUGGGCACUGGGACCAGGAGGGGCAGUCACUGGGCACUGGGACCAGGAGGGGCAGUCACUGGGCACUGGGACCAGAAAGGAGCAGUCACUGGGACUAAGAAAGGGUGGGCACUGGGACCAGGAGAGGCAGGCACUGGUUACUGUGGUUAAACUGUAAUAUUAACCCUCAGUAUGUUGCAAUUUUGUUCUCGAAAGCAAAAAAACGCACCGAUUUAUGAAGGAAAGAUUAUUGCAGUUCUAAACAUUUUAUGAGAAGUAAAAAAUUUUAAGCAACCGAAUAAGGGUCUUGUGGUGAAACAAUCCAUCCCUUUAGAACCCAACUUCCUCAACUUCUGUCUGACAGAGCUAGUGCAAUAGGCAGCUGUGACUUCUCUCUUUUAAAUAUAAAUAUAAUUUAUAGCUCUUUAUUCACAAGGCAAAUGCUCACUUGUGUGGGGAGGGAUUUAAAUAAUAUAUAAUCAGAGUUACUGAUAUCAAGAUGGUGAAAAACUAUAUUUUUAAAUUGCUAUACUGUAUGGUUAAUAUACCCACUGAAUGCCUUAAUAGACAGAGAAUUAGAAUCUGGGUGGUGUUUUUUUUUUGUUGAAAGAAUCAAUUGUUUCUUUGUAUCUUGUAGCUGGAAGCCAGACCUGAAAGUGUAAUGUGAUGAGAAAUUGUAGGCCUUACCCACAGAACUUGUUAAUGGGAUGGAAGAUUGUUGUCAUGGUUCAGGGUCUGAAAGGUUAGAAUACUGCUUGUGAAAUGCAGAGACCAUAAAGAGGUGGCAUACCCCUUCUGACAGGUGCCGAUUAAGCUGAAAUACAAAUUUUCUUUUGGAAAAAAAAAAGAACUGGAUCCAAUCUUGUAUCACCUUUCUCAUGGAAUCUUUGUACGAUGCAUGCCAAGAGCAGAACCCUCACCAAGAGUGAUGCCAAAUGGAAAUUUCUAACACAACUAUGUGCAGACCCUGUUGCAUCUCAUGGCUUAUAAGGCAUUUAUUUUUCUCUUUUAAUAAGAGCUUCAUGUCAGCUUACUAUGAAUCUGCUUCUCAGUAUGUUCUGCCUUGACUAUUUUUGAAGAUGUUUUUUUUCUGAUGCAAACUGUGCAAGUUUGUGAAUGUCAGUGGCACUUCCAUUACACGUUGGAGUUCUGCUAUCCCUGCACUCCACAUAUUGGUUUGUUUGGGUUAUAUUUUCAUAUCGGCACCGGAGUAAUUGCUGUCUUUUCACCUCCAAGACUUUGAUUCAGCAAGACUCCAGACAAAACCUUGCCUCUAUAUUUCUCAUCCUAUUGGCCAGAAACCUUUCGUUCUAGAACUCCUGAGGUCUUUCUCAUACUACGUGUAGAUGGUUCUGUCUCAUAGACGCCAGGUAUCCUCUUCCCCCUAGAAUCGAACCAUCAUCUCAUUUUCGACAUUGCAAGGGUUGGUUUCUCUCUGAAACCUUGGAUGCCAAAAUUUUGUUGUAUGAUCAAGAAAAAGACAGUUCUUACCCUCUGAGAACAACUCAGCCUUCAGAAACAACAGUGAAACAGGGGACCAGGAGAAGGAACUAUUGGGCCAAUAGCAGAGGAGGAUCUGCAUUGAACUGAUCCUUCUCACCCAUUGAAGAAUAUAGUCAUCUCUUCUUUUCUAAAUCAAAACUCCAGCACCUUCCAUUUUUCACUGAUGUGUCCCAUCUGCCAGUGAUAUCCUGAGUUAAAAGCAGAUUAUGUUGGGAACGAUGAUCAAACCUGUCAGGCUGGGUAAAUGGAAAAGAUAAAUCAGUGAUUUGUUCGGGUGGCUGAAGGAACUUUUCACCAAAAAUACUAAAUUGUCUUAGCUUUGAAUUUUCACUGAACUGUAUUCUUUACAGGUCAGCCUUUAACUGUUCUUUCAAAUUCUGUUUGGCCCAAUUUAAUAAAUUGGUUUUGGGUGCUGAGGAGAGAGCAAGUGUUUGUUAAGAUCCCGAAAAGAGGUUUAAUAUGCUGAGCCAGGAUAUCCCCGCUCCUGGGUUAAAGUGGAAUACAGGUGACUCAGCACUGAGGUCUGGCCCUCUGAGAUGUAGAGUAGGUUUUAUGGUCUGUUUAAAAUCAUCCAAUAUUUAUUGGUGCUGGAUUAAUCAGAGUUGUAUAACUGCUUAUAAUACCUAUAUUUUAUCAUUUGGGCUUUCUUACAAAAGUUUUUUUAAAGAAUUUUUGUCUGGUACAAUAGAAAGGAAUUUUGAAUUAUUACCCCACCGCUGAAUUUAAUAAAUCCUCAAGCCUGUCUGAACUGACUUGUUCACAAUGCUCAGCAGCUGAGAAAAAGCUUGUGUGAUCUCACUAGAAUAGGUCUCAGCAUAAAAGAAUAGCUAAACUCUCUAUAAUACUGCAGACCCGCAAGGACAUAGUGAUCUUAACUUGGGUGGGAAUCCCACAUGUUUUUUACACCCCAUUUGAUGUGGCUGUCCGAUCAUUUGAACGGGGAGUGGAAUUGGACAGGUUGUCAAACCCAUGUUCUGCACAACCCUGUGGAUUUCUCCAGGAUGGGGUAGGCUAAAAUAGCUCCCUCGCUCUGGAAAGUGGGCCUCGCACCCUCCAGAAAGGAAACCCGUCAGUGAUUUGCUUGGAAAUUCACAGCCCCUUGCGCAUCCUCAGACCUGGUGUACAUCAAAUUAUAGCGGGUCUCAGUCUGGAUUCCUGCUCAUGAUCACUAUUCAAUGUGUGUGUGUGUGUGUGUGUGUGUGUGUAUGGACACGUGGUGCACACUUGGCUCCAGAGGAGCAACAAGCUUGUCACUAUCAUGGUCUGGGUUAACACAUGUGCUGCACAGAUAUAGCACCAUAACUGUACCCCAGUAAAAAUCUGCACCAUAAGAAGGAUGGGGGGUGGGGGAGGGAUGAUUGCAAAUGUUGGUUUGGAGCAUGGGAAUAUGCAGCAUGGCCGACACAUAUUGGAUUGUUACAUGAAAGCUGGGUUGAGCUCAGUAUUAAGCUCUCUUCCUAUUCUUCCUUCCUUAUCAUCAUUGAAUUUUAUCAAUGUCCAUUUAUUUUUAAAUUCUUUUAAUUUAUUCUGACCUCUUGAUCUGUAGGUCCCUGUUAUCUUUUUUUGUAAUAAUAGCUGGUUCAUUUUUUUUAAAAACUAAUUUUAUUAAAUAUUUAGCGUUGUGUAUCUGUUUCUUGUGACAUAUCCUUUGACCUUUUGAAUUCAGUUAUUGUGAAGUGUACAGUAAUAUUUAAAUAGGACUUAUCCAUGAGCUAGUGUUACUUUUUUUAAAGUGUCAUUUUUCAUUCUAUCUUUCAAAUAAAAUGUAUCAAAGCAAAUCUA